GGGUUGAGCACCAGACGUACACUCUGUUUCACAGAGAGGAGUCUACAUUUAUGUUGUGUUUCUUGGACACCAGAUUAAGUGAUAUUCCGACAGAGGGGGAAAACAGAUUUAAAUCGCGCCGUUAAAUGGUUAUGGGAUUACUUCACCGUAACUUCCAAUUCAUAAGAGACAUACCUGCCUGGGGAGAGAGAAGUGUGAAGAUAGAAGAUCGUGUUAGCUGAUUUUCUUCUAUACACCGGGAUUAUACGGCACGAGGUUAUUUGGACAUAUCCUCGAUAGUGGAGACAGAGAGUUGGAUGCUGUGCUUCCAUAUGCUGUUCUCGCUUCUGCAAUGAUGUUUGAAACGAGUUGAACUGAACCAAACCAAACCCUCAAAGGUCACCCUCACACAUAUCAACCUAUGGUUCGGGUUUGCAAUCAUUUGUCUUUAAUUGUAAAACAGCCAACUUUGUUGACCGACGUGGUUCAAACAUCGGACACCUGGACAAGAAGGCAAGAGAAGUUUGGAGAGAAUGUCGAGUCGCAGGGUGAAGCAUGAGCUGCCAGUGUACUGAUUUAAGACUGGCGUAUCUGAUGAGUCUAUGGGUGUGUGUUGUACUUAGUCUUCACUGCUGGAUUGUAGCCCCUGUGGCAGCCUCUCACGAUGCUGCUGGUCCAUUUGGGUGGCUCCUUUCAGAUAAAGGGCCUUUUCAUCACUCACAGGAAUUCGCUGAAUUCGUGGAGCGCUAUCAACAAGGCUUCACAACCAAAUACAAGAUUUACAGAGAGUUUGGGCGCUGGAAGGUGAACAGUCUGGCUCUGGAGAGAGAGGACAAUGGUGUGGCUCUACCCCUCGAUCCAGAGUUCAUGCAGACCAUCAGACAGCUGGGCCGGCGACCCACCCUCAGUGCCAUUACCGAGAACAUCAUCAGGAAAUAUGGCACACACUUUCUGCUUACAGCUACACUUGGAGGUGAAGAGGCUUUGACUAUAUUUGUGGACAAGAGGAGGCUAAGCCGGACGGCAGACCUGACUGACUCAAAUGGCACGGCUGUGACUCUGGAGGCCCUCCACCAGCUGGCUGCCUCCUACUUCAUAGACAGAGAGAGCACUCUGCGAAAACUGCACCACCUCCAGAUCGCUUCCACUGCCAUCAAGGUGACCGAAACAAGGACAGGCCCUCUUGGUUGCAGUAACUAUGACAACCUCGAUUCUGUCAGUUCCGUUUUGGUUCAGAGUCCCGAGAACAAGAUUCAUCUUCAAGGGCUUCAGGUCAUUCUCCCAGAGUACCUAAGGAGCCGCUUUGUGGAAGCAGCUCUUAGUUAUAUUGGCUGCCACUCAGAGGGCGAGUUUGUGUGCAGGGAUAACGACUGCUGGUGCAAAUGCACUGUUGAUUAUCCCCAGUGCAACUGUCCCAGUGAAGACCUGAAGGCUAUGCAGGAAAGCCUCAAACUCAUCAGACAAUCUUGGGUGCAAGCCAAUCAAGAGUUUGAAGAAUCUGAUGAGUUCCAAAAUUUUGUGAGGAGAUUACCAGCAUUCUAUGCUUUGAACACAUCUGCUGUGCUUUACUUCUGGAAGAUGGAUGCUGGCGUUCAGCAACGCUUUCAGCUCUUGGAAACUAGCACUCAACAGAUGCUCAGCAAAGCACAGAGGAUUGUCAGCAAACUCUUCAAACUCAGCAAAAGAUGUCGAACACAACCCAAAAUAUCCGUGCCCAGGCAGAGGCCUCUCAGCUAUUGGCUGAGGUAUGUCCUUUCCAUCAUGUAUUGCAGUGAGAACAAUCAGAUAGGCUCCUACAUGGAGGAAACACGGACCUGCUCCUGUCAUUACGAACACCCAACCUGUCAGGGCAUUAUCCCAUGCUCUGUCGGCGAUGGUCCUUACUGUGCCUCCUGUUCCUAUGAGAAUCGCUCCCGCUGUGCUAGCUGUAAUCCCGGCUUCAUGCUGAGCCAAGGGACUUGUAGAAACACCAUCCCAGAUUCUACUGACAACUACAUUGGUUUUGAAACAGACCUCCAAGACCUAGAGUUGCGCUACCUCCUGCAAAAGAAAGACGGGCGAAUUAGUAUUCAUGCCAUGUUCAUAAGCAAUGACGUCAGACUCAAUAACUGGUUUGAUCCCAGCUGGAGAAAGAGAAUGCUGUUGACACUCAAGAGCAACAAGUUUAAGUCUACCCAUGUUCACAUGCUCCUAGGGAUCUCCCUGCAGAUAUGCCUUACUAAGAACAGCACCCUGGAACCUGUGCUGUCCAUCUACAUCAACCCAUUUGGAGGUAGUCAUUCAGAGAGCUGGAUCAUGCCCAUUGACCAAAACAGUUACCCUGACUGGGAAAGGACCAAGUUAGACAUCCCGCUUGACUGUUAUAAUUGGACCCUGACUCUGGGUAACAAGUGGAAGACCUUUUUUGAGACUGUGCACAUUUACCUGAGGAGCCGUGUUAAAUCGGCUCAGGAGAAUGGCACUUCCCAUUUUGAGCCAUUGGAAUACAUGGACUCAUCUCGGAACCUCGGCUACAUGAAAAUCAACAGCAUGCAGGUGUUUGGUUACAGUAUGCACUUUGAUCCAGAUGCCAUCCAGGACUUGAUCCUGCAGCUGGACUAUCCAUACACGCAGGGCUCACAGGACUCGGCCUUGCUACAGCUGCUGGAAAUCAGAGACCGUGUGAACAGACUGUCUCCACCGGGCCAGCAGCCUUUGGAUCUGUUCUCUUGCUUAUUGCGCCACCGUCUCAAACUCUCGACCACUGAUGUGGUCCGCAUCCAGGCUGCUCUUCAGGCCUUCAGCGCCAAGCAGCCCAAUUCAAUGGAUUAUGAAACUACCAAACUAUGUAGCUAGUAAGGUACUUCAAGAUAGCAGUACAUUUGUAGCUGUUUCAUUAACUGUAGUUAAUGGCCUGGUAUUCUUUCUGAAAAAAAUAACAGACUGCUGCUUGGAUACAGUGUUGAUGGUCCAGGUUUGUUUUGCAACAGUUGAUGUUAGUUUGAAGCACUGAUGUAAUGAGCCAAUUCAGAAGAAGGGCCAAUACCAUGCCUUUUCUUUUCUUAACUACAGUGAGUUUUAUAAUGACUCACUAGCUUGAGGACCCUUCAUUUUUUAUUUCAUUUUCAUGUCACACUGCUGAAAUUAGAAUCAGCACCAGUCCUGAUUAACAAUGCAUUGAAAACAUGAACAUUGUCUGGAAAAAAGUUUCCUGUUCUAUUUUGGCGUGACUUUUAUUUUUCACCUCUUCAUUCUGUGCUGAGCUGAACAGAGGCAGUAAUUACGUGGUGAGCCAACCCUUGUUAGUGUAAUCAGGCAUCCCCACUGUGUCUGGGCAAAAUUCUGACAUGUUUAUUGUCAUUUCUUUUAUUAUAAUUUUUUAUGCCUGUCAACACUGUAACUAGAAAAUAUAAGUUUCCUAAUUAUCAAUAGAUAGUUUUGUUGAUUCUUAAAGGUAUUUUUAAUGUGUUUGUUGAAAUAUGAAUGUAGGAGGAAAUCACACACAACACACAAGGUCUUAUUAUAUAUUCUGUUCCAUGUACAUUUAUUUUUAUAAAACCUAUUAUUUGUGACAGGCUA